AUGGCGUCGUGGGACGAGCUCGUGGACUCCACGCUCGCGACUCUGGCCGGCAAGAACCUGCUCUUCAUGCAGCGCCUCAUCACCCUUCCGCCGCCGGUGCCGCCCUCCAGGACCUUCGCCGGGCCGGGGCCCUGGGACCGCCCCACCGUCGAGAUCCGGCUCGACGGCGCCUCCACCCAAGAAUGGCUCGCCCUAAAUGGCUUGGUCAGCGAGGAGGGAGACGAGGUGGACCGGAAGGUGGUCCUCUUCUCCGGGAACGACUACAUCGGCCUCGCCACGCAUCCGGCAGUCCUUGAGGCUGCGGCCAAGGCAGCUCAAGGCCCGGGCAUGGGGCCGAGGAGCUCCUCCUUGAUCUUUGGGUACACUACUUACCACAAACUGGCCGAGGAAUCACUCGCGGAUCUGCUCAAAAUGGAGGAUUGCCUUCUUUGUCCCACCGGAUAUGCUGCCAACACGUCCGUCAUGUCCGCAAUAGGUAGCAUCAUCUCUCUCUCAGCUACCGGGAGAAACGCGGCGCAGGAUGAGAGGAUCGCCAUCUUCUCGGAUGCGUGGAAUCAUGCCUCCAUCAUCGAUGGGAUCCGCCUUGCGGAGAGGCAGCAGGAAGCAGUGGCCUUUGUGUACAAGCACUGUGACAUGUCACACCUUGAGUCCUUGCUGUCCGGCUGCUCAAUGGCAAAGAAAGUUGUUGUCACAGAUAGUUUGUUCAGCAUGGACGGGGAUUUUGCUCCGUUGCCUGAACUUGUCAAAUUGGGCAGCAAAUAUGGAUUCUUGUUGGUCGUGGAUGAUGCACAUGGAACAUUUCUUUGCGGCGAGAACGGUGGUGGCAUACCUAAGAUGUUUGGGUGUAAAGAUGGCAUUGACAUAUGUGUUGGCUCCUUGAGCAAGGGCGGUGGUUGCCAGGGUGGUUUCAUAGCAUGCAGCACUAGAUGGAAGAAGCUGAUCAUAUCGCGAGGUCGUCCAUUCAUGUUUUCGUCAGCUUUGCCACUGCCCAUUAUUGCUUCUCUGCUUGCUGCGAUCCAUGUCUCGAAGAAGGAGGGAUGGCGAAGAUCACUUGUUUGGGACCACGUGAAGUACUUUGCUUCUUUGACAAAACUCAACAUAACUAGUCCCAUCAUUCCCAUUAUAGUUGGAACCGAAGAAGCAGUGCUCAAGGCUCACAGGCACCUUCAUAGAUCUGGAUUUCUUGUCAUCCCAAUCAGGCCACCAGUAGUGCCAGCCAACUCAUGCAGGCUGCGAGUUAGUCUUAGCUCAGCUCAUACCUCAGAUGAUAUCAAAAGGCUGGUUGAUGCGCUCUCUCCCUGGCUCCCCACUUGCGCUUCAGCUUCAAGGUUAUAA